AUGCCGCGAAACCGCUUCCAAGACAUCAUGCGACACCUACGCUUUGAUGACAGGUCCACCAGGAGUGAUCGAGCAAAGACUGAUAAGUUUGCUGGAAUUUCCAGUGUGUGGGGAUCAUUUGUCACCAAUUGCAUCACGUCCUACAACCCUGGUCUACAUAUCACCGUUGAUGUACAGCUUUUCCCGUCAAAGACUCGCUGCUGUUUCCUGGAGUAUAUUGCAACUAAACCUGACAAGUUUGGGAUCAAGUUUUGGGUGGCUUGCGACCUAAAAUCCAACCGGAAAACCACCAUCCUCGGCACAGUCAACAAGAUUCGCGGGGAAAUCCCUCAAUCCGCUAGACACACAGAUCGCAAUGAAUUCACCACUCAGGUGUUUUCAACCACUGCUGCUACGCUGACGGCGUAUGCGCCCAAACGGAAGAAGACCGUCUACAUUCUUAGCAGCAUGCACAGCGUGAUUCAGACUGAUAAUACCACCAAAAGGAAGCCAAACACUGUCACCCUUUACAACACCACAAAGUGCGGCGUGGAUGUGAUGGACCAGAUGGUGCGGGAGUACACUGUCCGCACAGGGACACGGCGCUGGCCAGGUGCCGUGUUCUAUAACAUGAUUGACAUGGCAGCACUGAAUGCACAUGUGCUGUAUCAAGCAUGCACCGGAAGGCAGGAAAGACGGGUGGACUUCCUGGUGGAGCUUGCAAGAGAGUUGGCUAACUCUCAUAUGUGUGUCAGUGGCAUGGAUUGUGGCUUUCCACGCCCCGUUAAGUGAUGGACCUCUGGGGAGGCACCAGUUGGUUGUACGGUUCCUCCGUGGAGCAUGGAGGAUAAGGCCUGCAGCUCAGGCCAGAGUCCCAUGGGAACUGGCAUGGGAUCUCCUCAAGGGGUUAUCUCUGGGCCCCUUCGAGCCAUUAGAGCUAGCGUCAGAGAAACAUGUCACGCUUGUUGGCCAUUACAUCCCUUAAGCAAGUUGAGGACCUUUAAGCUUUGUCUGUCAUUCCGUCCUGCUUGUAGUUCACUCCUGGGAAGGUGAAUGCCAUCUUGCAUCCUAGACCGUGCUAUGUGCCUAAAGUUCCUACAAAGUUAGCCAAUACAAUCUUACAGGCCUUCUAUCCUCCACCACAUGUGUCGGCAGACCAAGAGAGAGGCUUCAUUUGCUUUGCCCUGUUCGAGCUUUGGAGAUGUAUGGUCAAAAGUCUUCUCAGUAGGAGGGAUAUCCCCGGCCACUAAAUAAAUGAUUAGCAAUUGGAUCAUUGAGGUAAUCUCUUUGGCCUACUAGGUGUGUGCCACAGUAGGACAGGCAUUAUUCAGUGUAGCACAGUGGGUAUCUCGUUCUCCAAAGUGUCAUUUUAUGACAUAGCUCAAGUUCCUUGAAAGGGAUAUGGCUGUAACCCUUGUUCCCUGAGAAGGGAACGAGAUGCUGCAUCUCUUUGCCACAUCUCGGUAUGCCUCAUAGCGACUUGCUUUAUCCUAUCAAAAGCUAUCUCUGUUGUGUAUCAGCGUCCCUUUGUAGUACCCAUUUUUUCAAACCAGCUGUCUCGAUUUUCCAAAACUGCAUGAUGUUUGAAGCUUCAAACAUAAUCAAUCAUUUGAUGCAGUCAUUUCGAUACAAGCAGCAGCACAGUGUGUGAUAAAAUAGUGCUUUGAAAACUGUAUCAGAGACAGUUAUAUCAACCAUCCCAUCACUACCAGGAAGCAAGACACAGAAGAACCAGGAAACAAGGCUUAAAAUUAGUACAGACACAUACAAGACUUAACAAUGAAUGACAAAGAGAACCAGGCUUUUAUAGGAUGAGCUAAUAAGGCUAACAAGACACAGGUGCAAACAAUGAGUGCUGAUGAGUGUGUGCAAAGGGUUAUGGGAAUGCUGUCCAGGAUAGAGUGGCAAAGGUAUGGUGUAUACUUUAUCAAGAGCACUUCAGCUGAUGAUUGUGAAAAUAAAUAUGUCUGUUCAUAAUUAAAAUCAUGAGCAAUUGUCUGUUGGACAUUAGCAUACUGUCAAAUAGGAAAUGCAUUGAUGUCAUUAUUUUUGUGGUGACUACAUUAGAUAUUCUCUAUCACCAGGCCCAAAGAAAAACAUUUAUUUCAAAAACAAAUUAAGAUUUUGUCUUAAAAUAUAUGCUGGCCAACAGAUUUUACAAGAUCUGCUAAUAUAUCAUGUAAAGUAAAAUAUAAUAUAAAAUAAAAAUAUAAUAAUAAUA